CCGGGCGCCCAGGCGGCGGCGCGCGAGGACGCACCGGCGGCGGGACGCAGGGACGGCGGCGGCCGGAGCGCGCCAGGUGUUGAAAGACAGAGAAGCGAAGGCAGGUGAGGAAAGACAGGGAGAGAGACACGGAGAGAGAGAGAGAGAGAGACACGGAAGGACAGAGACGUGGAGACAGAGAGAGACUUGGAAAGAGAAAAGGCACGACGGGACAGGAGAGCAAGGACCAGCUCAGCUGCCCCUGGAGCCCCAGCCCUGCCUUCAUGCCCAGCAGGUGCCCUACCUGGCCCAUCCUCCCAAGGUAAGCCUCAGCCGGUGCUGCAGGCAGUCUGACUCGCAGUUCCUCAAGUGACUUCCGAGGAGCAUCUGCAGACAAGAGGAUGGCCCAGGUCCUGCACGUGCCUGCCCCCUUCCCAGGGACCCCCGGCCCAGCCUCCCCGCCCGCCUUCCCUCCCAAGGAGCCCGACCCACCCUACUCCGUGGAGACCCCCUAUGGCUACCGCCUGGACCUGGACUUCCUCAAGUACGUGGACGACAUCGAGAAGGGCCACACGCUGCGUCGUGUGGCAGUGCAGCGCCGCCCCCGCCUGGGCUCUCUGCCCCGUGGCCCCGGCUCCUGGUGGACGUCCACCGAGUCGCUGUGCUCCAACGCCAGUGGGGACAGCCGGCACUCAGCCUACUCCUACUGCGGCCGCGGCUUCUACCCUCAGUAUGGUGCUCUGGAGACCCGCGGUGGCUUCAAUCCGAGGGUGGAGCGCACACUGCUGGAUGCCCGUCGCCGUCUUGAGGACCAGGCGGCCACACCCGCCGGCCUGGGCUCCCUGACCCCCAGUGCGGCCGGCUCGACAGGCUCCCUGGUGGGCGUGGGGUUGCCACCCCCGACGCCACGGAGUUCGGGACUGUCCACGCCAGUGCCUCCCAGCGCUGGUCACCUGGCCCACGUGCGGGAGCAGAUGGCAGGCGCCCUGCGGAAGCUUCGACAGUUGGAGGAGCAGGUGAAGCUGAUCCCCGUGCUCCAGGUGAAGUUGUCGGUGCUCCAGGAGGAAAAGCGGCAGCUCACAGUGCAACUCAAGAGCCAGAAGUUCCUGGGCCACCCCGCGGGGUGCCGGGGCCGCAGCGAGCUCUGCCUGGACCUCCCCGAUCCCCCGGAGGACCCGGUGGCACCCGAGACCCGGAGUGUGGGCACCUGGGUCCGAGAGCGGGACUUGGGUGUGCCUGAUGGGGAGGCCGUCCUUGCCGCCAAGGUCGCUGUGCUGGAGACCCAGCUCAAGAAGGCGAGGCAGGAGCUACAGGCAGCUCAGGCCCGGCAGGCCCACCCCCAGCCCCAGGCCUGGCCACCGCCGGAGAGCCCGGUCCGUGUGGACACUGUCCGGGUGGUGGAAGGGCCGCGGGAGGUAGAGGUGGUGGCCAGCAGAGCCGCUGGCCCCCCUGCACAGCGGGCCCAGAGUCUGGAGCCUUACGGGGCAGGGCUGAGGGCCCUGGCAAUGCCUGGUGGGCCUGAGAGCCCCCCUGUGUUCUGCAGCCAGGAGGUGGUGGAGACGAUAUGCCCAGCGCCCGCUGUGGCCACCAGCAAUGUCCACGUGGUGAAGAAGAUUAGCAUCACGGAGCGCAGCUGUGACGGAACGGCAGGCCUCCCACAAGUUCCUGUUGAAUCAUCCUCGUCACCCCCAGGGUCCGAGGUAGCCUCCCUGACAGAGCCUGAGAAGACCCCAGGCUGGGUGCCCACCCAGGACACCCACAGGGAGCCCACCAGGCAAGCAGCCUCCCAAGAGUCUGAGGAGGCCAGGGGCACCGGCGGGCCUCCGGCAGGCAUGCAAACUAUCAUGAAACAGAAAGAGGAGAUUGCAGACCCCGUGACCCACCAGAGGAGCCUCCAGUUCGUGGGGGUCAAUGGCGGGUAUGAGUCGUCAUCCGAGGACUCCAGCACAACAGAGAACAUCUCAGACAAUGACAGCACAGAGAACGAGGCCCCAGAGCCGGGGGAGAGGGUUCCGAGUGUGACCGAAGCCCCCCAGCUCAGACCUGCAGGGACGGCAGUGGCCAAGACCAGCCGGCAGGAGUGCCAACUGUCUCGAGAAUCUCAGCACAUACCCACAGCAGAGGGGGCGUCGGGAUCAAACACAGAGGAGGAGAUCAGGAUGGAGCUAAGCCCUGACCUCAUCUCAGCCUGCUUGGCCCUGGAAAAGUACCUGGACAAUGCCAACGCCCUCACAGAGCGGGAGCUGAAAGUGGCCUACACCACGGUGCUGCAGGAGUGGCUGCGCCUGGCCUGCCGCAGCGACGCACACCCCGAGCUUGUGCGGCGGCACCUGGUCACGUUCCGGGCCAUGUCUGGGCGGCUGCUGGACUACGUGGUCAACAUCGCCGACAGCAACGGCAACACAGCGCUGCACUACUCCGUGUCUCACGCCAACUUCCCGGUGGUGCAGCAGCUGCUGGACAGCGGUGUCUGCAAGGUGGAUAAACAGAACCGUGCUGGCUACAGCCCAAUUAUGCUCACUGCCCUGGCCACCCUGAAGACCCAGGACGACAUCGAGACUGUCCUUCAGCUCUUCCGGCUUGGCGACGUCAAUGCCAAAGCCAGCCAGGCCGGACAGACAGCCCUGAUGCUGGCAGUCAGCCACGGGCGGGUGGACGUGGUCAAAGCCCUGCUGGCCUGCGAGGCGGACGUCAACGUGCAAGAUGAUGAUGGCUCCACGGCCCUCAUGUGCGCCUGUGAGCACGGUCACAAGGAGAUCGCGGGGCUGCUGCUGGCUGUGCCCAGCUGUGACAUCUCACUCAUGGAUCGCGACGGGAGCACAGCUCUGAUGGUGGCCUUGGACGCGGGGCAGAGUGAGAUUGCGUCCAUGCUGUAUUCCCGCAUGAACAUCAAGUGCUCGUUUGCCCCGAUGUCGGAUGACGAGAGCCCUGCAUCAUCCUCGGCAGAAGAGUAGCCGUGAGGAGGCCACACGCGGACCUCCCCUGGGGGGCCAACCGUCCCUUGUCCCGUCUCCUCCUUGCUCUCGUUCAUCCCUGACCCACCCGACUCCCGCUCCCCAGGGCCCACAGCUCAAAGGCAAGCACAUUUUCCCUCUGCUUCCCUGGGGGAGCCCGCCGGCCACAGGACUCCAGCUCCAAGCCGGUUUUCUUGGCUCCUCGGUUCAAAGCAGCCGCAGCGCAGACCGAAGCAAAAUUCUUGUAUACAUUGGCGCCAGGGCCGAUGCUGGGGUAUGGGUUUCAUGAAGAACACUGAGAACAAUCAGCUGGUAAUUAUGGAUGGAGGAAGAAGGAACAGAAAAAAAUAACCGUAUUUUUGAAUCAUUGUUGCAGAAGAGGGGGUGGGAGUCUUAUGAUUUGUUGCCAGAUUUGAAAGUCACUGGAACUUGCAUCUUUUCAUUUUAAUGUUAAGUGUUAUUUCGCACCGGUUGGGGCUCACCCUUCAUCCCUCACAUUUAAUUGUCUGAUGUAGACUAGUGUUAUGUCCACUGCCUCCCAGACAGCUUUCUUAGGGGAAUUUUCUUCUGAUUGCUUCCCAAGACAGAUUCUGUCCUUGUCACCUCUGUCUUUUUACCCUCAUUCAAAUGAAGGGACUCAGGACAGGCUAUGUGACUUACAGGGAACAAAUUCACAAUUGAGAAAGUACGGGCCAGGCAUGGUGGCUCACGUCUGUAAUCCCAGCACUUUGGGAAGCCAAGGCAGGAGCUUGAGCUUGAGCCCAGAAGUUCAAGACCAGCCUAAGCAACACAACAAGACCCAUUUCUACAAGAAAUUUACAAGUUAGCCGGGUGUGGGUGGUGCGCGCCUGUAGUCCCAGCUACUUGGGAGGCUGAGCCCCGAGGUCAAGGCUGCAGUGAGCUGUGAUCACACCACUGCAUUUCAGCCUGGGCCACAUGGCGAGAUCCUGUCUCAAG